AUGGUUCUUCCUGUAUCCACAAAAAUCACCCUUGGUGAUGUCACUUACGAGCAGCCUACUGGUUUGUUCAUCAAUAACCAAUUUGUUGCUGCCAAGAACGGCAAGACUUUGGCUACUGUGAAUCCUGCUACUGAAAAGGUCAUUACUGAAGUGCAUGCUGCUGACAAAGACGAUGUCGAUAUUGCUGUCGCUGCUGCCAGAAAGGCUUACAAGACCGUUUGGAAGAAGACUCCUGGUGCCGAGAGAUCCAAGCUACUUCACAAGUUGGCUGAUUUGAUGGAAGAACACCGUGCUACUCUUACUGCCAUUGAAGCUGCUGAUUCUGGUAAGCCUAGAAACAACAAUGCCACUUAUGAUGUGGAUGAGUGUAUCAAUGUUUUCAACUAUUACGGUGGUUGGGCUGAUAAGAUCCAAGGAAAGACCAUUAUGGAGUCGGACGACAAGUUUGCAUUCACCAGACACCAACCGUUCGGUGUUUGUGGUCAGAUCAUUCCUUGGAACUAUCCUUUGGCCAUGGCUGCCUGGAAAAUCGGACCUGCUAUUGCCACUGGUAAUGUCAUUGUCUUGAAGACUGCUGAGCAGACUCCUUUGUCAAUGCUUUACUUCGGUAACCUUGUUGUCAAGGCCGGAUUCCCUCCUGGUGUCAUUAACAUUAUUUCCGGUUACGGUAAGGAUGCCGGUGCCCCAUUGGCUUCUCACAUGGAUGUCGACAAGAUCGCAUUCACUGGUUCUACCGCCACUGGUAAGCUUAUUAUGCAAAUGGCUGCUGCCUCUAACUUGAAGGCCGUCACUUUAGAGUGUGGUGGUAAGUCACCCAUGCUUGUUUUCGACGAUGCCGAUUUCGAGCAGGCUGUCAAGUGGGCCGUUUUCGGUAUCAUGUACAACCAAGGUCAAGUGUGCUGUGCUACUUCUCGUCUCUAUGUUCAAGACACUAUUUAUGACAAGUUUGUCAAGGCCAUUAAGGCUGAAGUCGAAGCUUCAACCAAGAUGGGAGACCCAUUCAACGACGAGGUUGGCCACGGUCCUCAAGUGACUGACGUCCAACAAAAGAGAGUUCUCAGCUACAUUGAUGCCGGCAAGAAGGAAGGUGCUACUCUCGUCACUGGUGGCGAGGCUGGCUCUUCUGGCAACGGUUUCUACAUCAAGCCUACUGUUUUCGCUGAUGUCAAGCCUGAGAUGACUAUUGUCAGAGAGGAGAUCUUCGGUCCUGUCGUUGUUGUUGGCAAGUUCUCCACUGAGGAGGAGGCUCUUGAGUUGGCCAAUGACACUAUCUACGGUCUUGGUGCUGCUAUCUUCACACAAAACAUCACCCGUGCUCACAAGCUUGCCAACGAGAUCGAUGCUGGUACCGUCUGGAUUAACUCUACCAACGAUUCGGAUAUCCGUAUCCCCUUCGGUGGUUUCAAAAUGAGUGGAAUUGGCUCUGAACUCGGUGAGUACGGUCUCAAGACCUACACACAAGUCAAGUCGGUCCAAAUCAACCUUGGCAGCAGACUAUAA